AUGGAAGUGACGAAAUUUCCAAGCAAGUUAUUUGUUAGAACAGCAAUGAGAAUAGAAAAAGUUAAAUUGAAUAGAUUAACAGAAAGGCUUUAUAUGAUAACUUCAAAAAAGGUUUUGAUGAUGGGAGAAAAAUUAGAAAGAGAAAUUUUAUCUUUGUGUUCUGAAAUUCAGCAAAAUAUCAGUCAAUUAGAAAAUCCAAGUUCAUAUGAAAACUAUUUUGAAGCAUUACCUAAAAUCAUUUGUGAUUUCUUUCAAGCUCUCAUCACA